UUUGUAAACAACGUCGGGUUUGAAUCUCAUGGAGUCGAGUCUUUCACACAAAAAUAUUCCUUUAAAAAAACGAAACUAAUAGAAAUAAUAUAAAGAAAAGAAAGAAGAAAGAAGAAAGAGAAUAGAUCCAGGGGAUAUAGACUAGACAAUAGAAGAAAGAAGAAGAAUCUCAUGGAGUCGGGUCUUCCACACACAAAAAUAUUCCUAAAAAAAACGAAACUAAUAGAAAUAAUAUAAAGAAAAGAAAAAAAGAAAGAAGAAGGAAAAUAGAUCCAGGGGAUAUAGACUAGACGAUAGUCUAAAACCCUAUAAAAGAAGAAGAAGAAGAAGGUUUGAAUCUCAUGGAGUCGGGUCUUCCCUCUCUAAAUCCGCAAAAUUAGUCAAAUAACUUACUAAAAUUUGUGGAUUUAUUGGAUUUCUUCACGUGAGGAAUGGUGGAUUGUGUGGAGAUGAAGGGAAGAAGGGAGAAGAGCAGAGUAAUGGCGUCGUUUUUAUGAAUUCCUGGGUAUUUAACACGAGGCAUUUGCACGUUUGUCGAAGAGGCUGAUUUUAUUGCGAUUUUAAAAAAGUUGUUGAUAUUUUAUGAAUUUUAUGCAGCUUGUAUGUGAAGAUGAUGGAGAAUUAUGUCAGGAAGCUUGACGUGAAUGGUAUCCAGAAAGCCUUACAGAAUGGCACAAAAGUGGACGCAGACCUUGACGGAAAGGGGUUGACGGCACUCCACUUGGCUGCUGCCUUGACGGAUGAGGCAGAUUGCAUUACUGUAGCUGAGGUUUUGCUGUCGAACGGGGCAAACCCAAAUGUCCAGAACAAUUAUGGCCAAUCCAGCUUGCAUGUGGCUGCCUCUCAUGGAUACUGCCGUCUGUUGGAGCUCCUCAUGGUCAAUGGUGGUGACCCUCUGCUCGGGGACAUCACUGGACGCUCGCCAGUUGACUAUGCCCAUGAGAAACAGCAGACAGAGGUCGUCGACCAGCUGAACAAACUCCUGGACUCGGAGAACUACGAACGCCCGCAAGAGAACAAGGAAAAAUUUGUCAUGGCUUUCUGGAGACAGGAAAUUGUUGAGCUGCCAGUCUUGUCUCAGGAAGGAUCAGAAGUCUCAUGUCUUUCAGAGGAUUUUCCAGGUUCACAGAAAAUAUCCUUUAAUACUGAAAAAAAGAAGUCUGAAGACAGGAAAUUAGAUUCCAACUGCAAGAAGGAUUUGAUGCAUACCAAAUGUUCUUUAAAUGAUUUGUACAUGGAAGAAUCAUUUAGCACGAGAUACAGUCAGUUUUUAAGAGACCUUGAGAACUACGAGCAACACCAAAUAGACACGGACGAAGAUAGUUGGAAGUCGUCACCUCCCCAGGAGCCAAAACCGAAUGACAGUAGGCCAUCCAAAAUCCACUGCCCAGAUUUCUUAAAGAAGUUAAAGCAGACCAUUCAAAAAUGCCAACAUGACAGUGACAGUGACAGUGAUAUAGUCUCUUUGCAGAGGUGCCUAGAGAAGAACUUAGAUGAUGCCAGCAGGUCCUACUGCCCUGCCUCAUCCUUUGCAUCGUUCCUAAGUGAAGAUAGUCAAGGUUUGUUAUCUGAGCAGAGUCUUAAUGAGCAUGACAUAGCCCAACUCACUAUUGACCUAACAGAUAACCUGUCAAUCUUGACAGAUGAUUUGUUUGAGGCUACCUAUGUCCCACCUAACAAAUCAGUCAGUGUUGUGGAGAAAUCUCAAAAUUUGCUCAUUGGGAAUGGGACGUGUCUCUCACAGGAAGGUUGCAUCACGCUCAACUCAUUAGGUGAAGAAAUUGAUACACUCCUAGAAGCCGAUUGUGAUGACACUCUUACAGAUAGUGUUAUUAUUGUGGCGGAGAAGAACAAAAAUAAUCUCAGGGGUCAUGGAGAUACAGUCACAGGAAGAAAGCCAGAGAAGGACAUCAGAUGCAUGGAUGAGAAAUUGAGAGAGCACUCCCUCAUUACCACCGCCCCUCGCAACACAUCCAAGCCAGACCAGUGCCAGACCGUGAAUCUCGUGAAAGCCCCAAGGAAAGAGAUACCCUACCUCGAAAGACUUGCAAGAGACAAGCCUCCAUUAAGAGACCCGACAUUCAAGCUCUUUGAUGGAUUCACCAAGACUCUAACCCCAAAAGGGAAAAAAUCCAGUACAAAACCUCCUACCACGACUUUCUCCUCCCCCAAGAGAGUCGCUCAGCUCACAUCCGUCCCCAACACCCCACGAUCCCACCAGGGGCCUGUGGGCAAAGGAGCACCCUCCACCAGUAGUUCCUGCCAGUCGUUCUUCAGCGUUGUGGAAGAGUUCCUUUAUGAAGAUCCCGAGGCUGGUAUUGCACUUAUCGAAAGGCGCUGCCCAUCAUCGUCUUCGAUUGCAAGCACUGGCAGUCAAUUUGGUAGUCUACCGAGGAGUCUGAUACAAAGCAGGAAAAUCACUGAGGUGCUUCAGCCUCCACAAGACAAAGCAAAUGUCCAUUUUGAAGAGAGCUUAAAUUCCCUUGGAACGGUGACAGAAAGCAUCAAGGCUCUAUCGGCCGAGACCCUUCGUGCGCGUCUCAAGGCAAUGGGCUACACUCCAGGGCCCAUUACAGCCGGGACCCACCGCGUGUACCAGAGACACCUCAUGCGGAUCAGGAAGAAUCCGCAGAUGCUGGAAGAGGAAAAUGCGGAUAGUGCAAAACCAUCCUUCCCACGCGAGCUGAAAAUGGCUCUAGAGGAUCCGUCUUCAGUCGACUGGAUCUCAUGGGGUUCCUUAGAGAGAAUCAUGAGCGCCCCCUUCUGUCAGCCCGACCCCAUGCGACACUGGAGGGACGGCACCACAAAGUCCUGCUUCAAUUACCUGCUUUUGGAUCCCAGGAUAACGCAGGAUCUACCUCUGAGGGGACUGAUGAUGACAGAUGCAGAGAAGUUUCAGUGCUUCAUCUCCGCCAUCUUCUACAUCGGCAAAGGAUCAAGGGGCCGGCCGUACUACCAUCUUUACGAGGCCAUCAAGAGCCUGGAAAAUGGCAAAAAGAAAAACAAGAAGAUUGAGCGAAUCCACGACAUAUGGUCCGAGGGCGUCGGCGUGAUCUCUCUGCACGUCUUCCAGAACACCAUCCCUGUUGAAGCCUGGACGAGGGAAGCGGCAAUGAUAACGGCCAUAGGGCUUGGCAACCUAAGCAACAGCAUCCAGGGCACCUUCUACGGGCUGCCGAGCACCUGGCGAUGGGCCGAGCGAAGGCGCCUGGGAACGCAUCUCCUGUGGCGGACGCUCCAGA